AUGUCGAGCUUGAAAGUUCAGAAGGGUAGCACCAACGGGCAGACUCUCCGCAAAAGUGGUACUUGCAAAACAUGCAGAGAAUGCCGCCAGCGAAAGAUCAAGUGUGACGGCAACCGACCUCGAUGUUCCGAGUGCAAUACCUGCCAACGCAGCUGUAUAUACCCCCAGGAUGCGAGGCGCGAGCCCAGACCAUCGAGAUCUCGCGUUCAGAAUCUCGAGGCGACCGUCGCAGUGAUGCUGCAACACAUGAAGACAUCAGGAAUCAUCUCGCCUCACUUACAAGCUGGAGAUUUGCUGCCAGAUGGAGGUGAACAGCAGAUGGAACAAAACACUACCGAAGCCGAAAUUAUAGAAGAUAAUUCUGGUCGUAUGGGUUUGCCAUACCAAGAGAACAGAUGGGAAAAUACUACGUCAACUGCGGCAAUCGCAAGCCCGUUUCAAACUCCAGCCACUUCAUUAUCGGGCUUGAGUCGGCGCGAAAUUUCGCCUGGAAAUUGCUUUUCUUUUCCAGCAGAAGCAGCCGACAGGUUUAUGGAACGUCCAAAACCGUUCUCAACAGUCGGAGUUGAUGAGGCUAGUGGGAAUGCCAAUGAAGUCACGAUAGAAAGAGGAAUGGACAAUAGGUCGGCUAUGGUCCAUCAGACGGACACAUCUACAAUUUCCCAAUCAAGUCUCCCUAUGAACAACAAUAGAUUGGAAAUGCUAAAAUCGUCCACACCAAUACAUCAGCACUCACCCUCAAUGACACAAAAUGCUAGCAGUAACGGCUCAGGCAUGUCACCAUGCGAAGCGCGAGUCGCCGGAGCAUUUCAUGAGCAUGGUUGCGUCUCAUCAGUUCACGGUCUUGCCAGUAUUAUGAAUCCGACAUCAAGAGCGCAAUAUAAAGAAAAUAUGUCGAAAAUAGCAUGGACGGGUGAAGUGGCUAUUGCCGCUUCGAAAGCGAGACUUAUUAGUAAUGCUGCACUACAACGACAACGAGAAGCCCGUCUUGUUCGGCAACCCGCAAAUAUGAUUGAACUAGAUGGAUGCGAGCCGGAACUAGCGUGGCAUCUUCUGGACCUUCAUUUCAAUCGACAACAUUAUGCUUAUAUGAUUUCGUACCGACCAGCAAUCAUGGAUAGUAUUGCGACUGGAGGUGGUCCAUGGGUCAAUCAGUUACUGCUGAAUGCUAUAUACUAUUCAAGCACACUUUACAGCGAUAGGCCAUGCCUGAAGCUUGAUCCCCAAGAUCCGAACAGCAAGGUUGGGGAAAGGUUCUAUAAAAGAUUUCGGCAACUUCUCGUCGAUGAGAUUGAUAGACCGAGCAUUCCGACUGUGGUUGCUUUGUUAUUGACUAGUGCAACUUUGGUAUCUCAGGGGCGCUCCAGUGCCGGAUGGAAUCUGUCCGGAACCGCGUACCGCAUGAUUAUCGAUAUGGGUUGUCAUCUAAUGCUCGGACCCGACUAUUCCAGUAACAUGGGUCAUGGACAACUUUUACGAAGAGAUUUAGAACAAGAGAUGCGAAAACGACUGUAUUGGGGAGCUUUUGUCACCGACGCUACACAGGCCUUGUAUCUCGGUCGUCCCUGCAUGUUCGCAGCAACCGAGGCUAGGGUCCCAUUACAUUUCCUAGAUACAUUUGAAGAACUCGAGGAAUGGGAACCUUAUAAUGACUCUCAAUCAUUGCCUGAGAAUCGGCCUCCAGCUUUCGUGCCACAACCAGCAUUUGCGCUUUCCACCUUUAGCUGGCUCGUUCGUCUAUUUCAAAUAUCAACCCAUAUCACCGAUCUGUAUGGUAUUCAGGUCAUGAAAUGCACGUCGGAAUACCUACAGGAAAAGAAGGCUAACAUAGAGCGAGAGUUGGAAUGCUGGAACACCUCCUUACCAAAUCAUCUCAAGUUUGAUGGAAGUGGCCUUGUUACGCCGCCGCCUCAUCAAAUAACUCCUCAUACCACCUUCCAUGCCCUUACCAUACUUCUCAACCGCGCUUUUCUAGAAGAAGGCCAUCUUCGCCGUUACUGUGACGAUGAAGGUCGCCGACGAAGUGAAGAAGCCUGCAUCCGGAGCGCUCUAGCAAUCCAGAAGCUAGUACGCGCAUACAGAACUGCGUUCACACUCCGGCGUGCGCCUUUUCUACUGUCUUACGCCGUAUAUUCCGCCGUUAUAGUCAUUCUACGCCAGGAGCGACACGAACGUGGUCAAUUCAUGGAACCAAUUUCAUUUUUCUGGACAUGCCUUAGCGAGCUGCAGCGUGGUUGCAACUUUGGUCUUGAGAAACCCCUGAAUAUUCUACGAGAUAUGGUACAAGAAUUUCAGGUGAGCAUCAGAGAAGGGGGAGCGGCAAGUGCUAUGACAAAUGAUGCAUAUCAAUUUCCGAGCCUGGAUGAGACGUUCUUUUCGCUCCCAUUAGGUGAUACUUCAGGCAUGCUAGAUGCUUCGGCAAACUCCGAACAACAGCAUACAACCCCAGAUUACUAUAUGGGGGCUGGGAUUGACCAGCCAGACUUGAAUUUUGGAACUUCAUCCCCGGGAUUUUUGCUAUCAUUGAAUCAGUUGGAGAGUGAAAUAUCGGAAGAUACAUUAUUCGGGCUGUUUGCGCCACCGCAAUUGAACUCAAAGUAA